GAGGGUGACAGUCAUCCCUCCGUGCUCUCUAAUGGCUUCAGUAAAGCAAGCCCUAGGUGAUCUGAACAAGGAGAGGUUUGUGUCACUUUUGAGAAAGCUGAUCGGCGAGUCGAAGCACGUUCAGAACAACCCACCUGAGUUAAUCCCGGAGGAGGACAAGAUAGUGAAACCCGUUCUUGACUCCCUCCUCCCUUACAGCACCGCUAGCGGCGGCGGGCCACUAGUUAUAAACCAUGUUGCCUAUAAGUCCAAUCGGGGCAAUCUUAUCGUCGAGUACCCCGGCACCCAGCCAGGAAAGAUUCUGUCUUUUGUGGGAAUGCACAUGGACGUUGUCACAGCCAAUCCUUGAGCAUCGAUGGCUAUAAACUUUGUGGACGGGGAACAACUGAUUGUUUAGGUCAUGUUGCUCUUGUUGCCGAACUUAUGAGACAAUUGGGAG